UCUGGGCCUAGGUUGUACGGCCACCACUGCCCAUCCUAGAGUGAUAUUAAUUCCUUGAGAGAUCUGUACGUUAGGAUUUGUAAUUCAAAAUGAAGGCUGUGCUGCUUGUUGCAGUUUUAGGAGUAUUUUUUUAUUCGGCAGAAUCUUUAGUAAAUGGAAAGUGGUCAGCUUGGUCCGGAUGGAGUGGAUGCGCACCAGGAGUUUGCGCAGGAAAUCAAAGAAUCAGAACCCGCACGUGUUCGAACCCAGUCCCCAGCACUGAUGGCGCGUACUGUGUGGGAGAUAACGCUGAACAAAAAGAUUGCAUGAUUGACGGUGGUUGGACAGAAUGGUCACAGUGGUCGCAGUGUGAAAAUCCAUGUGGAGGUUCAUACGUCAAUCGAACAAGAGCCUGUGACAAUCCCAAGCCUACCCCGGACGGGAAACCUUGCACUGGGAAGAAUGUUGAAACUAAACUAGAGUGUAUAUGGCCAUGUCCAACGGAACCUGUGGACGGUCAGUGGAGUGAAUGGUCAAAAUGGUCGAGUUGCCCUCAAAGUUGUGGCAUACCCAGCGGUACUUUCAUCACGCGCACGCGUCAAUGUAACCGCCCUCCURCAAUGAAUGGCGGGAAACCAUGUCAAGGAAACGCCACUGAAGCUGUUAAAUCGUGUUUCACACCUUGUCCAGUCGAAGGAGGCUUCACGUUAUGGAGCAGUUGGUCGAGGUGUUCAAGGACGUGUGGUAACGGAAUGCAACRACGAAGCAGAUCCUGUACAAACCCACUACCACGACAUGGAGGACGAAACUGUACGAGUGAUUACAGCCAAAUGAAAAGCUGUAAGCUGGAAGUGUGUCCAGGUGCCGUUGAUGGUGGUUGGUCAGCAUGGACAUCAUGGUCACAGUGUACAGAGGGAAAAUACUGUCUCAGGGGAUGGUCCUCUCGAAGCAGAUCCUGCAACAACCCUCCUCCUAAGAACGGUGGUGACGAGUGCGGUGGACUUGGUGUUGAGAAGAGAGACUGCCCUACACCUGAGCAAGGAUGCUCUGUGUACAUACCAAACCGCCCUGAUAAGGUACCAACUGACCCAAAUUCGUAUAUCAAGUUGGAAUGUGAUACAGACGAGAAGUUUACGGCCAAAGGUGCCACUACAGCAAGCAUCCCAACGGCUCUAGUGUCGAGCCUUUUUAGUUUUAUGAGAGCAGAAUUGCAGAAUGCAUGGUUCGGGGUAAAGAUAGAAGAUGAUAAGACUGACCCAAAGAAGAAGUACACGAAGGUUUGCAUAGAAAUAAUCGAUCCAGUUCACAUAUUAAAAAUGGUCAACAAUAAAGCUACAUAUUACAACAGAACCGACCCACUUCCUGCCAUGACUAAACCCGGUAUGUAUGAGUAUGUCACGGGGUUGACCGUCACUUUGGACGAAGCUGCUUCGGACUACUACAGAAAGCUGAAAAAAUAUGAGUUCCAAAUUGCUACAGCAGAUGAAUAUGUGCCAAUAAAUGGAUUCACACUGAGAGAUGUCAGGUUUUCUUAUUACACCGAGGGAAAUACAAUGACCUUUAAAGCCAAGGGCAAUUACAAGAAAAUUCCACUGGUCACUUUUAAAACAGAGGUCAAGAAAGACGUUCACACAGGCAGCGCCUAUGCCAUCGGUAAAAGCUCCUCGAUCAAAUUCCAUCAAAUCAUGGGCUUUUUCGGAGUAUCGUCCAGUUCUGUUCCCGAUGUUUUCAAAAAUGGCUUGAAGAAAGCUGGCCUCUGGGAGUUUACGAUGGCUCCAGCAGAAUUUGCAUUCAAGUUAGCCAAAGGUGCUACGUAUCGUUUUACUGCGUCAAUUAAUGCAGGAGGCGUUCCAGUUCACGUGGAAAUCCUAGGAUCGUUGAGGCUUCGUUCACUUGCAUUUGCUGUCGGGUUUUCGUUUGAUCGUGAGUCUUUUGGAGCUCUUACAGAAAAACUAUCGAAUAUGAAUAUUGAUUUUUUAAAAUCUCUUGGAAUCGAAUUUGAGAUCGGCGUAGCGUUUAGUCCUCCAAAACUUCAAGCAGUCUUGAUCGAUAAAGAAACAGGCUUCUCUAAAGAACCCUUAAAAAGUCAAAUCACGAGAUCUGUACCCCAGGGUCUCUUUAUAGGUGCACAACUCGUGCUGCCUAAGGAUUGCAAGGGAAACAAGUUUUGUGAGAUCUCCAAGAACAUCGUGGGCCCCACUGCGAAGGCUUACAUAAACGGGUUGAUUGAAUGGAAGAAAGUUACUGUAAAGGCUGGCUUUACUAACAUUCACCUUGGCGAGGGAUUUUACUUUAACAAACUCGAGCUUUACGUCAAAGCCGACUGGAACUCAACAGACAGGCACGUCGUCCUCGGUUUCACAGCCGAAGUCAAAAUCCCAGUCAACGGAGAAGUAUACCGAGAUGGGAUCAUUGCACCGUCAAAUGACUUGAUUUUGGGCGGGAAUAUUGAAUACGACUUUCAAAAACACCAGGUGGCUGGGAUGCUGUAUUUCCGUGGAAUGUGGAGAAGAGCUUUCUUUAUUAAAUGGUUGUCCUUGGGAAAUAUCAUGUUUGGGCUGGCGUAUAAAGUAGGGGCGCCAAUACCUAUCACUGGAAUAAAGUUUGGAAUGAGAGCAGAGUUUGGGUACGACUGUUUGCUUCCUGCUGACUUCAAAGUAGAUGGCCACUGUUUUGGAGGAGCGGGUUACUUUGGCAUCGGCAGCCCACAGUUCUAUUAUGGUGAUAUAACUGCAUUGACAAUAGGAAAGAUUUGUCGAAUGAUUUCAAGAAACAUCAAGCUUCCUGAACCCAUCGAUGUUACUGGUUUUCCAGAAGGGGCAAAGGCUGCCUAUGCUACAGAAGCUGUAGACCUGAGGGUGGCAGGUGGUCCAUAUAUACUGAAAGGGUUUACCUUAAAGGGACGACUCAACAUCUUUGGAUGGAGUAUUUUUGCUGACUUACAGAUAUCAGACACUGUUAUUUACAUUGACAUUCAACCAGACCCAGUUAAAAUCGGUUCCAUUGCAAAACUCGUUCGUAGUCCUUCAAAGCUUGAUGUUGGUCCCAAAUUCUUUAUCCACAUGAGAAAAGAUCCUAUAUAUUGGGAUGCUUACAUCGAGGGCUACAUAGAAAUCUUUUCCAUCAGUGUUUACACUCGUCUGAACAUGACCAUGACUCAUAUGGAGCUUCUCGUCCAAGGAAACUUCUUGAACUUAAUUAAAGCAGAAGUUUUCGUCGCUGCAGAAUAUGGACUAAGAUUCUCUUUUGAUGGCUCCAAGUUUUACGUCAGAGUACAAGUUGAUCUCAGUGGACUCAAUGCGGCACUGGAUGCUGCUGCAAAAGCAGUUGACCAGGCCUUCAAGGCGGCACAAAAGAAACUGAGCGAGGCACGUCAACACGUGAUCGAAAAGAAAGCCGAAUGCAAACGAAAGAUGUCACUCAAGUGCGAUAARUGUAGAAACUUGAAGUGUAAACAGGCGGAGAGGAAUUGUAAGGGRGCUCUGGACAAGUUCGGUAAAUGGGUUGGAGGAGUCGUCAAUGCUGCAGGUCAAUGGGUUUCUAAGACUGUUAAGAAGAUUGGCAAGGCCCUUGCACCRGUUGGUAAAUUCUUCAAGAAGAUCUUCAAGGGCUGGAGACGAAAGAGAGAACUUCAAGACAAAAGACACGAAUUAUUUUCACUUCAUAUUAGGAAGAGACCUGUAUCAUACCUCUGUGAAGGUACAUGUAAAGCCGUUGAAUACAUUGGUAAAGGUCUGUGUAAUGUCCUGGAUGUAGCCAUCGGUUUCCUCAAAGGAGUCGAAGCCGCAUGCGGUUGGGUCAACAAAGCGAUCAACUUUGUCCUUACACAGUUGUUCAGAGUACACAGUAUCAAAUUCGAGUUUGCAAUGGAGAGUUAUAUYGGAGGAAUGUUCAAGAACAUGGUGUUCAAUGCUGCGGUAGACCUGACCAUAUUUGGAAAACGUCUGUACCUAUCGCUCGCGUUUAGUUUGACAAACCCGAUCGAAAGUCUGCGAGGCGGAUCAACGAAGGCUACGAACUGGUACAAGGAUAAGAUGAAUCCUAAAGGAAGGACAGAUACUGAGAAGGAAUACUACGAUAAACCAAAUCCUUUUGCUGACUUCGAGAUGUCUGAGCAAUUCUCCAUCGAGAACCAACAGGCAGCCACUGAUGAUCGAAAGGGCGGCUGUCUUUACGUGGAAAGCAAUGCUAAGAAUACUUUCGUUAAGGUUACUGGAUGCAACGAUACCGAUGAAAGACAAUUAUGGGCAUAUACGCUAAAAGGACAACUCAUGAACGUCUGGAGUCGUCAUUGUAUUGACACCAAUGGAGCUUCCAUCGGGAACAAACUGAUCCAGACCACGUGCAAUCCAUCACGUGAUGAUCAGAACUUCCAAUGUGAUCUUGUGGUCAGAACAGUCAAAAGAAGACGAGUGAACGUCUGUUGGCAAGCAGGUGAUGUCAGCUUGAAUGGUCCCGGAUCUCUUGUCCAUUUGGGUUCUUUAAAAUGUAUUCACGUCGCUGGUGGUGGUAAUGGAGUCCCGGCUGAUGGAACGAAACUAGUUAUUUACGCUGGCUGUAACGAGAAGAGACUGGAAUUUGCUCUAGAAAACGGUUAUCUCAUACACAAAGGAAGCGGCAAGUGCGUUGCUCCGACUGGCAAGAUAGUCGAUGGCAUAACUCUGGGAUUGCUUUCUAACUGUGGUGGAAACAAGUUCAGUUUUACUAAAGGAGGUUCACUCCAGCACGUUGGCAGCCGAAAGUGUGUGAAUACCAGAUCUGCGCGUCAUUCUCUUGARAACAUUAAACAAAAUUUGGCUCACAAGAAGAGCACUGAUCAAUCCAGUACCUCAAGCAAUGGCUUCAGCGAGCGAGCAGUGGAUGAAAAUUACAGUUCUGAUUAUAGCAUGAAGUCAUGUACCCAUACAAAGGACGAGAAUAAUCCUUGGUGGCGCGUUGACUUGGGUUCAGAGCACAUCAUUACCGAUAUCCUUAUCGUCAAUCGUCACAAUAAUUUUGAACGUCUAAAGAACUUUGACGUGAGAGUUGGCGUCCAUAGAGACCAGAGUCGAAACCCAACUUGCAAUGACAGAAUAAGAACCGUUGGACAAGGACAAGCYUUGCGUGUCCAGUGUAAUCCACCGAUCCCUGGACGAUACGUUGCUGUACAGAUGUUUGGCAAGGGAAUACUUACCUUGUGUGAGGUUGCUGUAUACUCCAGAAUAGAUAUCGAUGAAUGUACCGAGACUCCAGACAAAGGAGGGUGCGCUCAAAAUUGUACGAACUAUCAAGGUGGCUACGCUUGUUCAUGUUACGACGGAUACAGACUGAAGCCCGAUGAUAAAGGAUGUGAAGAGAUCUACUGUCCCGAGCUGGAGGCGCCUUUCCGUGGUUCUAUUCUUCCUUCGACUUGUACCGACGACAGAUAYAACAUUCGCCGCAAUACUAUGUGUACAUACCAGUGUGCAGCUGGACAUAAACUAGCCAAUGGAGACAGGUCACUGACUUGUAAUAUCGAUGGUACAUGGUCUGGAAAGGUGCCUUACUGCAAACCCGAGGUUUGCCCUGUUCUACAAGAACUAACAAACGGAGGAGUAAUCCCCAAGUCUUGUUCCAUGAAGAAUGUGGACCACGGUAUGAGAUGUGUGUAUUAUUGCAAACCUGGUUACGAGUUACGUGGACCAAGAUACACCACUUGUAAUAAUACACAAUGGAGUGAGCCAUCCCCGGUAUCCUGUGUCAGAGUAUAUCAAGAACCCUGGAUACGAUGCCCGACAGACAUCGUAGUCGAUCUAACAGCAGACAGUAACACAGCAGUUCUGGGCUUCAAAUGGCAAUUGCCGGUCACUAACAUGAAGACCGCUGWWGUAACACCAAGUAACUUGAACGAGAACUAUCCGUUCCCAGCUGGAAAGACACGUGUUAAGUGGACAGCMACCAAUCUUGAUGGUGUUUCGAAAAGUUGUUACUAUUACGUCAUUGUUGAGGGUAUUACUUGUCCAGCACUUGAACACCCAGCUAAUGGUAAUGCCAUAAAGACWGCAAUGCUAUUGUAUCUUCGAUGCCAACCCGGCUACUAUUUCAACCCUAAGCCCGUCGGUGCCAGGUCUCUAACUAAUGCUGUCUACAGAUGUAUGAUGGGWCAAUGGAAGAUCUACUACAAUGGAGGUUAYCAGGUCUUGACUCAAAUACCAGCCUGCGCAGGACUAUCAUCUCCAGUCGACGGCAAAUGCAAGGCCGGUUCAACUAGAGAACUAUCACUUUGCAUCAAUUGCGCACCAGGAACGUUCCACAAUGAGACAUCAGAUUCAUGCCAGGAGUGUGGUAAGGGUACCUACAUGGAUACAGAUGGUAUGACUGCUUGUCAGCCAUGUGACAAAGGAUACUCUACCAAGACUAGUAGAAGUGCAAAAGCAUCAGACUGUCUAACUUUGUGUCGCCCUGGUUCGUUCUCUGAUAACGGUCUACAAGAGUCUUUUGCGCCAUGUGACAAAUGUCCAAUAGGAACAUACCAGUUAGAAGAAGGACAGACUAGCUGUCUGCCAUGUCCAUAUGGCAGUACAACGACGGCUACAGGUAGCACUUCAUUGGAUGACUGUGUCGUUCGAGCCAGUAUCACCGAGACGUAUCCUGAACGUGAGUUGAUUGUUGAUGAAGGAGGCGUGUUACUGUUAGAGUGCUUCAUCAGUGGAAGACCAACACCAACCGUCACCUGGUCUAAAGUUGGAGGUUUUGUUAUUCGUGUUGKUUUUGCCAUGUCAGUGUUACGACAUAUUUGGGAAAGCAAUAAAGGAGUUCCACUACAAGCUCUUAUCUUUCCGUAA